CACACUCUCAUCGGGACUCAGCUGAUGUGGAGGCUGUUCAUCGCUGUUAUUGAGCUCGGACGCGUCUGAGGAAUCUGUCAUCAUGGUGAUUAAAGUUUACAUCGCGUCAUCCUCCGGAUCUACAUCGAUCAAGAAACAGCAGCAGGAUGUCAAGGGCUUCUUGGCAGCCAAUAAGAUCGAGUUUGAGGAAUGUGACAUCGCAGCUGAUGAAACCAAUAGGAAGUGGAUGCGAGAACACGUCCCUGAGGAUUCCCGGCCGGCCACAGGGAACCCUCUGCCUCCUCAGAUCUUCAACGAGGACAGAUACUGUGGGAACUACGAGGCGUUCUUCUGUGCCCGUGAGGACAAUGCUGUGUAUGCGUUUCUGGGCUUGACGGCGCCUCCAGGCUCAAAGGAAGCAGAAGCACUGUCUAAGAAAACUCAGAUGUAAUCUAGAGAAGAGCUGACGAGCUUCUGCACUUUCUAAUGAUUACGUUCCUUUUUUUUUUUUCUUUGCAUUCAUGAAAUUAUGUGAUGUGAUGAAUGUUAUGAUUUAUUUGUCCACUCAAAAUUCCAUCUUAUUGAUUGAACUGUUCAAACUGAAAAAGCAUUUCUUGUGUCGUUCAAAUAGACAUGAGCAAAGUCGUAUUUUACUAUUAAAAUGUGUCAUCAAGGUUUGACGGUUCAUCUUUUUUUUUUUUUCUAAUGUUUAAGCAUGCAGAUUUUGUUAUGUUUAUGCUUGAAUCUUCUUGAUUAUGUAUGCGGUUCAAGUUACAUUUAAUAUGUGCGCAUAUAUUUAGGGUUUCUGUGGGUCUGAAAAAUUCAGUCUUCCAAAAAUGAAAGCCUUAAAAGGUCUUUGGAGCAGAAAGUCUUACAUUUAUUAUCAGAACCUUAAAUGUUUCAUGCAAAAAAAGUAUAAUAAAACUUACUGAAUGAUUAAAAAUAAUUGACAAAUAUAA